CAACGGUCUAGCAGAUCUUGGAAUUGGAAAUUGCAGUUUCAACUAAGUUUCCGUAGAAGUAGACUAAGGAAAGAAAAAUUAGUAGGCAGGUCCGGCAACUGAUUUGUCUUUACAAACGGAGAACGGCAUUGCUGGAGACACCGUAGCGAAAAACACACCCCCCGGUGUGAUGUCACUUCUGCCUCCGCCGCCAGGUGUGGAGCAGCUGGGCGGACCUCCUCCCCUAAGAACAAUUGGCUUGCCUUCAUCAGCAGACAUCAUGGAUCCAGCAGUGUCGAACGCAGUGUCAAUAUCGGCACUGCCUGUUGGGGCGGCAUCAAUGGAGAUGAAUCCCGCAACCACUACAACAGGUGCACAGGAGAACCAAACAGUUGUUGUUGAUGUAGUAGAAGGAGGAGAGUCGACUGAGACUGUGACUGGAGCAGUAGUUAAGGCUGUAGCUAAUACAUCUUUGGACGCAUGAUCCUUGAAACUACGCAUGGACGAGAAGUAUGAGGCUGUAGCAAAUACAUCUUUGGACGCAUGAUCCUUGAAACUACGUAUGGACGAGAAGUAUCCUAAGGAAAUGCUCCGUCUCUUACUUUUUAAGGAUGGACUUGAAAGAUGAAUUGCGGACAGCUCUAAAGUAGGCUCCUCAGCAACGGAUACAACUGGAGGCGAUCAGCGAAAUAAAAACGGUCUACCAAAAGCUGCAACUGCAACUCUCUCUUCCAGCAGCACGGUCGUGACUACGGCUGGUGCAAAUGAGAAGACGACGAAUGCUCCUCCGACAAGCACAAAAAAGGAGGUAAGAGAUAACCUCGUUGCUUGCGCUUUUGCGAUUGCUGCUGUGAUCCUAAUCUUUCCGGUGACGAUUAUAGCUUUCCUUGCCUACAUGCUACUAGAUGGAAAGGCGGACUUCGAGGCUUGUGUCAAUUAUUAAGGCGCAAUUUGUGCUUUUUUUAGACUUAAAGGCAUCAACAUAGACUGUAGAAAGGAGAUGUAAGUAUUUAGAUAAAAGAACUCCUUUGUUUCUUCCCUCUAAGAUUUCGUCGCGAUGGGUUUUGGUUGUGUUUUUGCGUUUGCAACCUGCCCGCUUUGGUUUCCGGUUUUAGCUCUCUACAUCUGUUGUUGCUCUGGCGCCUCACAGGAGAAAAAUGUAGGCAAUGGUGCAGCUGCGGUUGCUAGAACUGCUGCUGCCGGAGCUGACUCAUCAACAACUAUUAAGGCUUGAGAAAAUCCAUCUUCCCCAGCAUCUUGUAGCUCUCUUUUAUUUUGAAGGGAAAACGGGCACGAACAAGAUGGUCACCGAGAUGGAUCUCUGCAAGGUCUAAAACUAGCGGCAUACAAGUCGAGCUGAGUGUGAAGAACAAAAGCGCGACAACAGCUACGGGAAAUGGUAGCUUCGCGCGAUCAUCAGCUGGCUCUACAGCACAACAGCCACCACAAAUGAACUUCCAAACUCUAUCAGACCCAGUAGCUGCUCGAAGUGUCGCAGGUCGGACUAUAAAAACUCUUUUAUGACUAAUUAAUUUCUACUAGGCGAGGUGACUCUGACCGACAGUGAAACUGUCUACCUGCUCCCUAAUAUGGUAUACCAGUGAGGAAAAUCUCGUUACCUUGUUUUCCGUUCAUCGUGAAUCCAAUUUCACCCAUCCAAAUCGAUCCUCCAGCCUUUCUCUCUUCUAAUACCUGCGAGCAGUAGAAGAAUGGAGAAUCAAUCGACGACUGGUGGACGUGGUGGUAGUGCGGGAGGGAAGACAAGUGUCGGGGCUCCGAAACGAUCGAUGUCCUUCGUGGAGCGGACGAGCUCGAGUCAAGCGAUUAUCACGAAAGGACUGCAAAAAGGCGCCAAGCUUGUAGCGUCGCGCAGCAGUAGUAUCGUCAUGUACACGGAGGUGGACUAGACAUUAUUUCACUAGCAAAAUCAAUGACGGCGAAAAACUUUACACAUUUCUUGGAGCACCAUCAAUGUCAAGCUGAAGCAACGAACUACUGGCCACGGACUUACCACGACUAAGUAAUUGCGCCAGUCUUUCUCGUGCCAAAAAAUACGAAGAAGAAGUCGCCUUCUUUGAAAGUCACUUAUCAGGAAACACAAUGUCAGAAGCCAC